AUGUACAAGUUGACUUUGAUUAUUUAUUUAUCGUUAAAUACAGAGGGUAUAAGCAGCGGUUGCGAAGCGAGCGGCGUCAGAGACGAGAUAGCCAAAGACUAUGCAGCGCUGCAGUCGCGUCUGCGCAGGGAAUUUUCCGACAGACAUCCCGGGAAAAGCGACAAUAUUGUGCGAGCACCUCGGCCGGUGGCCACAGAAGACCAACUGUCAGUGGAUUACCACAACAAACUGACGGAAUGGCGAAAGAAAGGGGUGAAGCAGCCUCCCCCUAUUCCCGCGAGAAAGGAUCUGAGCGAGGACUUUCUGAAGCGCUGGGAUGCAUGGACCCGUAUGAAAGAAACAAAUUCAGUUCCGUCUUGGGAGGAGGAAGCGAAGCCCGAUGAAGUCUUAGUGCAAACAUCUACAGGUCUUUUUAAAUUUCAAGGUAUAUCGCGAUCGUUUACAAGAAAACUUCACGAAUGGGAGAAGUCUCGCGGUAUCGCCCCGGAAGCUUCUACAUCUGCUUUAUUGCAAGAAGCGCGGGCGCGUGUCAAAGUACCCUCGGCUCUAACUAGGACGCAGAGCGAUGGCAGUGUCGGUCCUGUCUUCACGAGCGGGGGCCGAGUGCACGCUAGCAGUCUAAGCGUCAACGAUGCUGAUGAUCUGGAAAAUUUGCUGGACGCUGAUGAGGACGGUGAAAAUGGCCGAGAAGCGUUGUUGGUAGAAGUGGAGGCCGAGGAGAUAUGCACGGCUGCACCACUCAUGGCCGUGUCGCCCAGACACACGCCUCAAAAGCCGGUCUAUACCUAUGGGCCAGCUGAAGCGAGGCUGCUCUGCGAGACUACGUCUGCUGUCACCGGCACCGCUUUUGUCCAGCCUAAUGGAUCAGAUCCUCGACCUCCAAAAACAAAAGAACAAACCGUAGUUAAAAGCACCCGUGAACAAUCGAUGGUCAUUGAAAAGUCUGCGAGACGAAAGAUAUCACGGCAGCGUAGUCGCGAGGAAGACGCAAAAUUUAUUAGAAAAACCAUCGAAGAAAUAGAAAGAACAUCACACUAUAAGGAAAGAGUAAAUUCGGAAUCUGAAAAACAUGAAGGCGACGUUGAAUGUUACGCGUCGAUGAGCAAAAGUAUGAGCACGAGAAGUUUGAAACAAAUUGAUAGUUCUAAGGAAGGGAAAACUGGCAAGGACAGCGACGAUACGAGAGAGAGACCUAAAGAGGCGGAUAAGAACAACGGAAACAAGAAGAAAACUAAGUCCAGAGCGAGGCUGGAGAGGGAACAGUCAAAGCCCUCAGAGAGUGAUACAGAGCCAGAGGUGGACACAGUCACUGUUGAGAUUCCUAGGAGAAAGAAAAGACCGCGAAGACCUUCCGAGAGACCAAAAACUCCACCAACCUCACAUCAUUCUGACUCUGAAGGCGAAAUUUUUGUGCUAAAAAUUAAAACCCAAGAAGCCCACGACGCAUCACCGGAAGUGAUAGUAAAAACCACACGAAAAAUAUUUUCUCCAAUAGUCCGAAGCGGCGAAACUAUCCCAAGAGCUGUUAUUCCGCUCGAUGUAGAAGACUUACCUGAUAUCAACACUUCGCAUAACCGCAUCAAAUCUGUCAGUCCUAAAACCGAACACGAAUCGAAAACAUCAUUAUAUUCGAAAGGCUCUGAAAAGGAUUCUGGAGAUCUACAGGAAGACGCUCAUAGAUCGAAGUCCAGGCCUCCCCUACCAUUGUCCCCUUCUUCUCAAAGAAAACCUCCGCCGAAGGAGACAGCGCCGUCCAUUCGUAUCAUGAUACAGAGAUAUAACCAAAAGAUUCAUGAAGAAGGGCCACCGUCCGGGGGUAGCAGUGGGACUCCAUCACCCGCUUGGAGAUCUCCGAAAUCUGAACGAAGACGGCCUCCCGAUAUGCCGGUAGGAGUUAAUAUAAGGAACAAUCCGUUCCUUGAAAGGGAAGUUCAAAAGUCUGCGAGUGCAUGUCAGUUGUCUCGCCGAGAUCAAACGUCAGCCGAAAAGUGUCCGAUGCAGACGCAAGACAUCGACGGAGUUCUAAAGUCGCACAGCGCCAACGCAAUACACUCUGAUUUACAAAACGAACAGUGUGACAUAGGAGACAGCCACGAAAGCAUAAGGCAGACAACGCCCAGUAUGGAAACAGUAGUCCCACAGGUGGGCCAAUCUAAUGAACCUUUGCCUCUUGUGAAGCAACAGUCGGAAUCGUCUGUGCCAAACUUUUCAAAAUUUGUCGCGGAAAACCCAGGGUUUUUGAGAUCGAUUUCCGCUGUCGAAGAGACCUAUACUCUAAUCAGGAUGACGUCGAGAGCGGCCAGGAUUAAAGAAGCGAGGGAGAGGUUUUUGGCAUCGACGCCCUCUAUGCGGAGAGAGGGAACUAGUUCGGCUAGUGAUUUGCGGCCGGCUGAUCGUUCCAGUCGCGUAAGUUGUGAAAGCGAUACAACGGAAGGUCCGAGUUCGAGCCAGGAGACGGCUUUGGGUCGUAGUGCGUCCACGGGAAUGGUCAACGUCGAAAGAGACGCCUGGCAAAGAGUCGCCGAUGGUGGAUCUCGCCGCGAGAGACCUCGAUCCAGGUUCAGUCUGGCACGUCUCGCGGCGAAGUUGCGUCGAAAAGAGGAGAGUGCAGUUUCCAGGCUGUGCCGACAGAGUCUGCUUGUACAAUUACGAAAUAAACAGUGA